AUGGGUGACUGGAGCUUUCUGGGGAGACUGUUAGAGAAUGCGCAGGAGCACUCCACGGUUAUUGGCAAGGUUUGGCUGACAGUACUGUUUAUCUUCAGGAUACUGGUGCUGGGGGCUGCUGCUGAGGAGGUCUGGGGUGAUGAGCAGUCGGACUUUACGUGCAACACUCAGCAACCUGGUUGCGAAAAUGUUUGCUAUGACAAAGCCUUCCCUAUUUCCCACAUCCGCUUCUGGGUGCUGCAGAUCAUUUUUGUCUCCACUCCAACCCUCAUCUAUCUGGGCCACGUGCUGCACAUUGUACGAAUGGAGGAGAAGAGGAAAGAGAAAGAAGAGCUGAAAAAGAAAGGAAGCAUCAAAGACGGCAGCUACCCAGGAGCAGCAGUGUCUGGCAGUGGUGGUGGAGGGGGCAGCAAUAACAUCAAGGAUCCUCUUGGGAAAAGGGGGAAGGAGAAGCUCCCGAUCCGUGAUGAACGUGGUAGAAUCCGCAUGGGGGGUGCCCUGCUCCGUACUUAUGUCUUCAACAUCAUUUUCAAGACACUGUUUGAAGUUGGCUUCAUUGUGGGCCAGUACUUCCUAUAUGGCUUUGAGCUAAAGCCAGUCUACCAGUGCAGCCGUUCACCUUGCCCACACACUGUGGACUGCUUCAUCUCAAGGCCCACUGAGAAGACCAUCUUCAUCAUCUUCAUGUUGGUGGUAGCCUCUGUCUCUCUGCUACUGAACAUGCUUGAAAUGUAUCACUUGGGCUGGAAGAAGCUUAAGCAGGGCAUGACAAGCCGGUACAGCCUUGAGAUGCCUGUUGCCACAAUGACACCAGUCAUGGUAACAGGGGAGUCCAAACCUGUUGCCCUGCCACCGCCAGCACCACCUGUGGUGGUAACAACUGCCGUGGCCCCCCCUGUUCUGCCCGACACCCGCGCUGUCACACCGCUGCUGGCCCCAGUGACCAUGGCACAGUACUAUGCUGCAGCCGCUCCAAGACCACGGCCCCCCUCCAACACAGCCUCCAUGGCCAGCUACCCUGUUGCUCCACCAGUUCCUGAGGAGAGGCACCGUGCUGUGACUCCCACACCCAUCUCCACUCCUGUCACCAUCCCGACCCCCAUCCCCACGCCCACACCAGCUGUCGUCAGCUACUUCAACAGCAGCAGCCAUGCUCUGGUGGCUGAGCAGAACUGGGUCAACAUGGCAGCGGAGCAGCAGGGGAAGAUGCUCUCCAGCUCCGCAGGUUCCUCUACCCCAAGCAGUGUCCGGCCUCCUCUUCCCCAGCAGGAAGAGCCACUGGAGCAGCUACUCCCACCCCCAGCUGGGCUGUCUGUCACUGCAGCCAACAGUGGCGGUAGCAGCAGCAGCCUCAGCGGGGCAAGCGGCAGCAAGUGGGAUGUGGAGGGUGAGGAGCUGUCAGGGGAACGGCCCAUCUCAGCUGCCUGCACCACUGUGGAGAUGCAUGAGCCACCGCUGCUCCUUGACACACGGCGCUUGAGCAGGGCCAGUAAGUCGAGCAGCUGUAGAGCCAGGUCAGAUGACCUGGCUGUGUAG